CAGCAGCAGUUUUCGCCCUCAUAUCCGCACGCCUACGAUAAGCUAUCUCAAACUCCUGUUAGUCUUUUCAGUCAUGAUCUGGGUACCACUGUGCCUAUUCUACGGCUGUGUAUACAAACGCAGUACAUUGGCACACAAUGUGUCGGUGCAGAUAGUCGAUCUCGAUGGCGGUCCGGUUGGUGCUAAUAUAACACAAAUGGUCAUGGAUAUCCCUGAAACAGAUUCUCUCCCGACAUGGGUUCGCAUGGGCGGUUUUGACUCUCCUGAAAGCGUCGAGACAUGGGUACGGAAGAACGCACUAUAUAAUGGCUCAUCCUACGACCCCUCACAGGCGCUGACUGUUAUCGAGUCGAGUGGUCGGCACCCGAUUGGCGAGAUGUUGUUCAUCAAAGCAGGGCUGACCGAGGCAGCAUCUGUAGUUUCAAGCCAGUACUCGCUCCAACUUGUGAAGGCAUUCCAGUCGCAGCAGAUGGGGCUCGGUGGAUCAGAUGCGGCACAAACAAAUGCAGCAGCGCUACUGCAGCCCAUUGGAUACACAACAGUCGAGGCAUCGCCAGACAACUACAACAACGCACCGUUCGCCUUCAUGUUCGGCUGCUUCUGCAUGUUGCUUUGCUCAUUGGCAGUCAUGAUUAUGUGGAAGCUCACAACAUUCCCAUUCUUCACCAAGGUCCGAUUCAGAGAUCUGGCCAUUAUGUGGCCAGCUCUCAUCGUCUGCAUGUCACUCAUCCUGUCGUUCUAUUUGUCGCUGGCAUUCCUUGCAUACCGUGGUCCGGACUACAGUGAAAAUGCCCUAAAAUACACUGCAGCCUCGUUCUUCAAGAUAUGGUUCAUUGCAGCAGCAGUCAACUCGGCAAAUGCACUGUGGCUGUUCAACUGGUUCCUGAACAUUCCACCUCUCUUUAUCGCCUGUCCAUCCGUCCCUACUGUUAUCUGCACUGUUGUCGCAUGUGCGACCGCCCCUGAACUUGCACCUAGCUUUUACAAGAUCUUCUACGCGAUGCCGUCCUACAACGGCUACCGAAUCUUUCAGUACGUAGUCACUGGUGCUUAUCCGCACAACGGUAAGCACACCGGAAUUCUCAUUGCAGAGAUUGUGGCGAUGAUACUGUUCAUGACUGCCGGUGUCUGGUUCCGCCAGCUCUUUGUCCUGCGUGGCAUCGCCGACUCGCAUGGUUGGUUCCGCGGGGAGACCUAUUUCCACUCGGAGAUUCCGUAUUACAAGGACGUUGCUGCGCAGCAGUAUGGUGAUUCGGAGAGCACACUUCAGACGCAUAGCACAGAGACAAGGUCAAUCGA